AUGGUACAACUAAGCAAAGCUUACAUGCGGCAACCAAGUAAAACAUAUAUGCAAGAACUAGUUGAAACUUACAUGCAACAACCAGAUAAAACUUAUAUACAACAACUAGAUGCAAAUUAUAUACAACAAGUAGAUGAAACUUAUAUGCAGCAACCGGGUGGUGAAGCAUACGUACAACAAAGUGGGCAACGAAGCUUAUGUGCAACAAAUGAAUAUAGCUUAAAUGAUAUUGGACAAUUGUCUAAUAAUUCUGAUGAAAUUGAACAAUUGUCUAAUAAUUCUAAUAGAAGAUAA